AUGAACGCGCUGGCAAAACUUAAAACCCUCACAGUACCCUCCAUUAAACAAAUCGCAAUCCGAACGUACGCACUGAAAUCGGAUCUAAAAAUCAAAUGGGUCCGACCGGAGAAGAUACCAUGCUACAAGCCACAAAAGUCCGGUGAUCUGCAGGCCCUACCUCAGUUUGCCGGCAACGAGUUGAUGAAGGAUUACCGUGAAUCAAAAGAGCUGGAAACGGCAAACGAGCACGUGCGGAAUCUGUUUACGCUGGAGCAUAAUCGGCGCCGCGAGAUGGUGGAAAACUUUAAGGAAGAUAUGGUCCGGCGAGUGUACCGGCAUGAUCUCGACUAUGGUUCUAUGGAGGCGAAAUUGGGUCUCAUGACGGCAAGAAUACGCAGCCUGCAAGACUACAUGGAAAAGUUCCCGCGCCAGUCGGUGGUGAAGGUCCAGCUGAAGGAGCUGAUCGAUAAACGGAAGCGCUUCCUUCGCUAUUUGCGCCGCUGGGAUUAUCGUCGGUUCGAGUACGUACUGGAGAAGCUAGACCUUGUCUACAAACCUUACCCAACGCAUUUCCAUUGGAUCACCCGUAAGGAUUCGUUGCGCAAGCUGACAAACAUCCACUGCGAUCAGAUCAAAGAAACGCGGCUGGAAGAGUACCGCAAGCAGCUCGAAUCGCAGCAGCUAGAGUUCCUGGAAAAGAAGCUGCAAACGCUGGAAUUUAUCCGCAAGGAGCAGACCGAUUGUCAGGUACCGGUCACCGUUACGAAGGAAGAAAUUCAAACCGUCCGAAAGCAGUACGAGCAACUAAAGCAAAAGCGAACAGCGAUGGCGGAAAGCUUGAAAGCUUCGGAAGAAUCAUAAACCACA